AGCGCCGAAAAGAAAACCCACCGAGGCGGGGACUGGCCUGGGCGGGGAGGGGCGGCGGGGCCGGAGCCCCUCUCUGCUGGGCGGACUCCCCAUGGCCAGAGGCUGAGCUCCACUCCCGCCAGCCGCUCCCUAGGGGAAGGGGAAGAGGAGAGGAAAGGAGCGAGAGGCCGCCAGCGAGCGAGCACGGGCGGCAUCCGCAGUCUCCAGAAGUUUGAGACUCGGCGGUGAGCGGACUUGUGCGCCCGGACUCUCUGCCGCGCCAGCGCCAAGGGAAAAGAGCAGGGGCUGCCUGGCCGCCGCGCGCCGGCUUUGUCAUGAUGGCCAGCUACCCCGAGCCCGAGGACGCCGCGGGGGCCCUGCUGGCCCCGGAGACCGGCCGCGCAGCCAAGGAGCCCGAGGCGCCGCCGCCGCCGCCGAGCCCCGGCAAGGGAGGCGGCGGCGGCGGCGCCGGGUCAGCCCCGGAGAAACCCGACCCCGCGCAGAAGCCCCCGUACUCGUACGUGGCGCUCAUCGCCAUGGCGAUCCGCGAGAGCGCCGAGAAGAGGCUCACGCUGUCCGGCAUCUACCAGUACAUUAUCGCCAAGUUCCCGUUCUACGAGAAGAACAAGAAGGGCUGGCAGAAUAGCAUCCGCCACAACCUCAGCCUCAACGAGUGCUUCAUCAAGGUGCCGCGCGAGGGCGGCGGCGAGCGCAAGGGCAACUACUGGACGCUGGACCCGGCCUGCGAGGACAUGUUCGAGAAGGGCAACUACCGGCGCCGCCGCCGCAUGAAGCGGCCCUUCCGGCCGCCGCCCGCGCAUUUCCAGCCCGGCAAGGGGCUCUUCGGGGCCGGAGGCGCCGCGGGCGGCUGCGGCGUCGCUGGCGCCGGGGCCGACGGCUACGGCUACCUGGCGCCCCCCAAGUACCUGCAGUCCGGCUUCCUCAACAACUCCUGGCCACUACCGCAGCCGCCUUCGCCCAGCCCUUCGCCUCCUGCCAGAUGGCGGCGGCCGCUGCAGCGGCGGCCGCCGCUGCUGCAGCCGCGGGCCCGGGCAGCCCGGGCGCGCCCGCACCACGGGGCAGCCGCACCGCCCCCGGGCCAGCUCAGCCCCGCCAGCCCUGCUACCGCCGCGCCCCCGGCGCCCGCGCCCACUAAUGCGCCGGGCCUGCAGUUCGCCUGCGCCCGGCAGCCCGAGCUCGCCAUGAUGCAUUGCUCUUACUGGGACCACGACAGCAAGACCGGCGCGCUGCACUCGCGCCUCGAUCUCUGAGGACCCAGCGCGCGCCGGCUGCGAGGAUGCAGGGACGUGCGACGCCGGCCUUAGCCGCAGCCACCGCCGCCGGCCGGACCACGCGCCCUCUGUGGGGCCAUCUUCUGAGCCAGCGUCCAAGGCCCUCUGCGCCUCCUCGCUCCCUUCAGCUCCUCUCGCCCCUCUUUGUCUCCUCCGCUUCUCCUCCUGUUGCUCGGCCCCCUGCCCUCUCUGCCCUCUCGCUCCUCCGGCCUGCAGGCCGCCUCUCCGUGCGCCUUUUGCAGGCCUCGUCUCCUCCCGACGCCCGAGCCUCCGGGCUGGACACCCCAUGCCAAAAUUCAGAACCGAGAGGAAGUGCCCGGGGCCGAGGUGCAGCCGGGCGUCGGCCGUGCAGACCUCUUGGCCUUCUCACACAGGUCGGUGCGCUCGCGCUCGGCUUUCCCCGCCCGGCUGCCGCUCAGUCCUUGGCUGGAAGCGUCGGUCCGGGCGGGCAACGAGAACCCGCGCCGCCAGAGAAAGGGACAAACGUGUGUUUGCUCCACGCUCCACGUAGCCUCCUGGAGCAGCUCAGAAGCGGCUAGCCGGGGCCCACUGGAUGGGGCGGGGGUUGGGCCCGAGCAGGGAGCGGGGCUGCCUCGCGCGGCGGCCUGUGCGGGGGGGUUUACAGCACGUCCGGCCUCAGAGACCGGCUGCGCGUCCUCCGUUCCCGGUCCCGGCGCUUCGGGAACCUCCAGGCCCCAGGCGGCUGGCUACAGUUUCGCCCAAAAGAUCGGGAGGGCUGUUUUAGAUAACAUUUAAAAAAUAUUUUUUUAAAGAAAAAACUAACCGGGAAAACCGGCGAAGUAUUGUGGCCUUGGAAUUUGCUAAAGCAAAACAUGAAAAUCUCUUCCAGGAGAUUUGAAGUAGAAUUCCUGUCGGGCCUUCAGAAAGCUAUGUUCAGAGAGGUAGGAGAAUAUGCUCAGUAAAAGAUGGUUUCCUUUACGAAUUGGUGGGAGGGGGGGUUCUCCCCUCUAUCUAAAAACAAACAAAUCAAAAACAAGUUUCCCCGGAUCUUCCGAUGCAAUCCCGGAGUGCGGGGAGAUCACUGCCUGCCUGGCGGACGCUACAGGGACGGCUUGUGCUCUCUCUGAUUUUUGUUUUGCAAACGUCUUGCUUCUCCCACCUUGGGCAGGAGAAAUGUGAAACCUGGCAGCAGUCGGACCAGGCGGGCUUGUGGCCCCGAGCUGGCUGGCCCGAAACCCCUAGACCUGGUUGUUCCGUAGUGUGUCGUUUUGGAGGACCAAAUUUUCUAGAAAGAACUAGAGCACUUUUGUUGUUUUGUUUGUUUGUUGUUACUGUCUUGUCAAUUCCCAAAUAAAUUUUUUGUUUUAACACGGA